AUGAUCCCCAGCUUUAUCCAGCUUAUUAAAGACAAUCCCAAUUCGAUCCACCUUUCCUGUGUUGGCGACACACUUUAUGCGCACAAUCUUGCUGAACGUCCGAGUUUGAAUGAUGCAACCAAGGAUUGCGAAGACGUAAAGCUCAGUACAAUUGAGAAUUAUUUCAAAGAAAUGAAAAUCAAGAACAAGGAAAAACAAGACGCGCUUCAACUGAAGAUUAAAAAAGGCCAACAAAUAACGACUGAAGAAGAGGAAUGGAUGGAUGGAGAUGGAAAUUUGAUCGAUGCGGUGUUACUUAUGGAGAAACUUGGCGAGUUGGCCUCCACCAAGAAGACGAUAAACUUACGAUCUAGCGAAAUCAACAUUUUCCUUCGGAUUCUUGAAUUCUGCUCUCAAGAGAUGUCGUCGAAAAGUCUGCUUAAUAAAAAAAAUAAUAACAAGAACUCUAACCGAAAUCCAACUGAGAAGCCUUCCAAUCCAAAAAAAACUGAGAAGAAUUCUGAUUCAAACAAAACCAAGACGCCUUCCAUCCCAAAUAAAAAACGAAAAGCAGAUAACGAUGAACCAAAAUCAAAAUCAAAGAUCAGCAACGCCAGCUACGCCGAAAAAGUAGAAGUUCUUGAUUGGCACCACCGAAAUGGCAAGAACCAGUCGAAAACUGCAGCACAUUUUGAGGAGAUCUAUCCUCAUCUCAAAAUCAAACAACCCUUGAUUUCAAAAUGGCUGAAAGACGAAACAUCGAUCCGGUCAAAGAAUAGCGAGUCAAAUAAUCCAUCCUCUAAACGGCUUUGA